UAAGAUGAACAUUGCCUUGUGGGAAACAGCAGCACACGCGCUUGACACUAAGAAGUGAAUCGAUAACUCUGUUCGCCAGCGCCGGAAAAUGGCGUCUGGAGGAUACCCUUCUUCCUCAGGAAGUGGACAAGGUUACUCUGGAAACCCACCGCCUGUAAUGAUGCCCGGUGGUUAUCCGGUAGCAGGAAUACCAAUGAUGCCACCUGGAUAUGGUCCCCCCGGAAUGCCUCCUUUUCAGCCUGUUGCCAUGCCAACUGGUCAGCCAAUGGCUUAUCCCCCAGGUGGCAUGCCUGGAAUGCCUUAUCCUCAACAACUUCCCCAGCAGACUAUGGGGCAGCAAGUGACUGGAACAUUUCAACCAAUACCAAGUAGUGGUUCACCAGUAGUGAUGAUGCCUGCUGUUGUGAGACCUAUGCAAGUGGCAGCUGAGUCUGGGGGCACCAGCUCCCCUUCAGUAGUCAAACAAAUCCAAGAACAAGAAAAUAAACCUGCAGACAGCCCAACACAAACCAACAAAUCUGAGCAACAACAGAAUGAGAAGGAAGAGGUCAAGAAAGAGAAGAAGAAGGUCAAGAAACCAAAACCUCCAAAGAAAAAGACCCCAUGGACAGAACACAAGGCUCCUGAUGGAAGAACAUACUUCUACAAUACAGACACCAAAGUGUCCACAUGGCAAAAGCCAGCAGAACUCAAGACUCCAGGAGAGGUUCAACUUGACUCCUGUCCUUGGAAAGAGCACAAGUCAGACACUGGUAGAAUUUAUUAUCACAACAAUGAAACCAAAGAAUCAACUUGGACAAUCCCAAAGGAACUGGCAGAACUUAAGGAAAUAAUAAAACAAGAACAAGAACAAGAAGAGGAAGAGGAAGUUUCAGAAGAAGAAGAUGAAGAUGAGAACAAGGAAAGUGAUGAAAAAGAUGGCAAAAAAGCUGAUGAGGGAACUGCCCAAGAUUACCCCAUGGCAAGUGCAGUGAAUGUAAGUGAAACUCCAGCUGUUGCCACUGUGGAGAAGAAAGAGUAUGUUUAUGAAACAAAGGAAGAAGCUAAACAAGCUUUCAAAGAACUCCUGAGAGAAAAGGAGGUUCCAUCUAAUUCCACUUGGGAUAAUGCCAUGAGAAUGAUUGUUAAUGAUCCCAGAUAUGGAGCCCUGAAGAAAAUGAAUGAGAAAAAACAAGCAUUCAAUGAGUAUAAAACAAAAAGAGCCAAUGAGGAAAAGGAGGAACAAAGACAAAAAGCAAAACAGGCUCGUGAAGACUUGCGUAGCUUCUUGGAAAAGCAUCCUAAGAUGCACUCUUCAGUGCGAUGGCGCAGGGCAGGGGAAUUGUUUGAUGGUGAACCAAUGUGGGAGGCUGUACAUGAAAGAGACAGGAAAGAUGUGUUUGAGGAUGUAGUUUUCUUCCUGACAAAGAAGGAAAAGGAAGAGGAGAAGGAACAACGAGCACACAACAGAAAGCUGAUGUUAACAGUGUACAAUUCCAUGCCUGGUAUUACUUACAGGACCACUUGGGCUGAGGUUUUGUUAGAUGAGUUGCACAAGAGAGGCAAACUUCACUCCAUGUCGUUAUGGAUUGACUUGUAUCCAACAAUCAGUGCAGAUGUUCGCUUUACAAACAUGUUAGGUCAACCUGGGUCAACUCCUUUAGACCUUUUCAAGUUUUAUGUGGAAGACUUGAAAGCCAGAUUCAGUGAAGAAAAGAAAAUUAUAAAAGAAAUUUUGAAGGAUCUUGACUUUACAGUUGAUAUUAACACUGGUUUUAGUGAGUUUAAUGACCUUGUCAAACGAGAUCUCAGGAGUGAUACACUGGAUCCUGGAAACAUCAAAAUGUCAUUCAAUCAUCUAAUUGAAAAAGCUGAAGCAAGAGAGAAAGAACGAAUGAAAAAGGAAGAAAGAGAGCAAAGAAGACGAGAAAGUUCCUUCAAGCAGCUCCUCAAGUCAUGUACUCCAGUGAUUGAGGCGAAUUCUACUUGGGACAAGGUGAGGGAAAGACUCGAGGAAGAUCCUGCAUUUGCAGCAGUCACAGUGGAAUCUGAACGAAUAAGGCUUUUUAAUGAACACGUUGGUUCACUUGAGGCAUGUACCCAUAAUCAUUCAAAAUCACACAAAAAAACAAAGAAAGCCAAGAAACAUAGGAAAAGGUCAAGAUCUCGAUCGCCCAGUGGGGAGUCGUCUCAAUCUGAAGAAGAAUUUCCCAAAGAAAAAACAUCGUCACACAAAAAGAAACGUCACAAGCGAUCACGCUCUAAGUCACCAGAAUCCUCUGCUUCCGAAUCAGAACAAGAAAAAGAACCAAGUUCGUCAAAAAAGAAAAAGCAUAAGAAGAAAUCAAAGAAGAAGAAACAACGAUCGCCCGACGAAGAAUCUGAGGGUGAAAGGUACAACAGAGAGAAAGAGGACAGGGAGAAGGAGAGGGACAAGGGCCGCCGAGAGCGUGACAAAGUUCGAGAAAAGGAGGCGGACCGUAGCAGGGAAGGAGAAAGAGAACGAGAACGUGAGAGGGAGAAAGAAAGAGACUACAAAGAGAAAGACCGAGACAGGGACAGAGAAAGAGACAAAGAUAGGGAUAGGGACAGAGAAAAAGAUCUGGAUAAGGAUAAAGAAGCUGACAAAGGAAAGGACAAGUCCAAGAAAUCACAGGAUAAGACCGCGUGGGAUACUACCUCGAGUGAGAGCGAAAGUGAACUGGAAUGCAGACGAAGAGCCCUGCUGAAGCAACUUGGCGCUGAUGGGGACGACCAAUAGACUGUGACAACGAAACCAAGUUGAAACGAAAAUAGAACUACGAUUGGUAGUUUGUUUCUCUCCUCCCUCUCCUCUGAGAUGGCGAAUCGAAAUAAUACCUUCUUUAAAGAAAUUUGUUCCUUUAUUGUCAUGCGUUGUUUUCUCUCCUCAAUAUUUAUCCUUUUUUCUUGCUUUAAUGUAUCAUGUCACGUGUUGUCUUUUAAUCCCCUAUUUGAAUUACGAUGCUCAGGUCUGCUCACUUCGAGAUUUACCUCUUGAAAAGUCAUGUAACAUAGUUGUAAAUUAGCAAACGCUUCAUCACAGUAACACCAGUCUACCCCAAGUCGUUAUUCAACGACGUUAAAGAUCUAUAAGAUUUGAACGCUAGUGUAACGAUGCCGCGUGUGCUUUUUUUCGGAGAAGCCAUU